AUGAAUCAAUUAGAGUAUCUGCGUGCUGAAGGCGGAAACGUCUCCUCGCGUGCCAUUAGGUCGGAGGGCGACCUUGAGAUCGGCAGUGUUGGUCUCGAGGUCGUAGAGAGCCUGAGCAAUGUUCUGCUCAAGCUCGGAAGGGUUCUGCCGCGAAGGGCUGUUGGGGGCGAUCUUGUUGAGGGCGCUCAUCUUGACUGCUGA